CAGUUUCGUCUAUGCUUUCGAUAUAUGAGUGUCCAGAUCUGUUUAUAUGAUCGUAGAUUGGAUCAUCAUUACAAGAGUGAAUCAUUUAGCAAAUAUUUAAAAAUAAAAAGUAUAAUGGAGAACUAUUUUGUUAACUCAAAAAUAAUAAAGGAACGUGAAAAAUUUCUCACAACCGGUUGUCCGAAGUUUGAUACGUUACUUCAAGGCGGUAUCACUACUCGCGGGAUUACACAAAUUUAUGGAGCUGCAAGUACAGGAAAAACACAAUUAGCUUUACAAUUAUGCCUGACAGUACAGUUACCUAUAACAGAAGGUGGCUUUGCUGCUGGUGCAGUAUAUAUUUGUACUGAAUGUACAUUUCCCUCACGAAGAUUACAGGAAUUGAUACAAAAACUGGAAAUUACUAAAAAAUAUGGAAUAAAUGGUGACUCAGUAUUUGUAGAACAUAUAUCAACUAUUGAGGAACUGGAGAUAUGUUUGCUUCAUAGAAUUCCAAUAUUAAUGUCUGUACAAAAAAUAGGAUUAAUAAUUAUAGAUUCAAUUGCUGCUCCAUAUAGAGUAGAAGAUUGGAAAGAUGAAUCUAAUAAAAAAGGAAAAAGUUUGAGAACAAUUGGACAACAGUUACAUAAAUUAUGUAAAAAUGACAUUUGUGUAGUUUGCAUUAAUCAGGUAACAGCAAUUAUGCAUAGUAAUAUACCUAAUGAUUAUUUGAGUGUACGACCAUCUUUGGGAAUAACUUGGUUAAGUAUGGUAACUAAUUCCAUACAGUUUUACAGAAUAGGUACUAUGAGAUAUGCUUGUGUCAAAUUGUCAUCAAAUUUAUCAGAAAUAACUAUUUCAUUUGAAAUACAAGGAUAUGGGGUAAAAGCAAUAGGUUGAAUAAAACAAAUUGAAAUAAAAGUUUAAUGUUUAUUUGAUUGCAAGAGAUUAUAAAUAUCAUAAAAUAUAUCUUCAUCUAAUAUCCUAGCAAUAUUUGUUGGUGACCAUUGAUUUCUUGGAUCAGAAGCUACAAAUGGAUCUGUACUUCUUACAUCUAAAUUUUCCAUUUCAUUGUUCAAUAUAAGUCUUAAAAAAUCAGGAAGCAAAUAUGAAUACAUAAAUAAUCUUUAUAUGUAUAUUCAUAUAUAUAUGUUAUGUAUAUAAUACCUGAAGGAAUGUAAAAAUGUUCGAUAAGGCUCUAUAUCUUUUCUCUCACUAUAUGUAUAAUCUCCAAUCACAGUAUGACCAAUAUAUGAACAAUGCACUCUUAAUUGAUGUCUUCUAC